ACCGUGAGAAGAGAAAAGACUCGUAUUCAUCACUUUCCCUCUCUCUGGAACAAAGCAAAGCCCUCUCGCAUCAUCGCACUGCUUAACAGACCGCUCUCUCUCCGUUGUUUUCCCCCGUCUUCCUCUUCUCCGGCGACGUUCAAGGACUCCCGGGAGCAGUUAUGGGGAAUGCGUGUUGUGUUGCGGCUCGUGACAAAAUGGUACUGGUGCCUCCUAAUUCAUCAGCUGCUGCUGAGACUGAGAGGAGGCAUUCUCCUACUUGGAGUUUCCGCUGGGAUAAUCAUAAUAGAAGAGGCCGUGUUGCUGGUGAAGAGUCAUCUCUCACUUGGUUAUCUGAUGGUAACGAUGGCUCUGACUUCAAAUCUGAAUCUGCUUUCGUAUCAUCUCAAGGCUCUCCUUUCGACAGCUUUCGGACUCAUACACUGCAGAAAUCCCCGGCGUCAGAUCUAUCUUUCCCAAGAAACUCUUCCAUGGAUACAGUCUUCGAGCAGAAAGAAAAUGAUUCAACACAGUCUGUGGCACCUUCAUAUCCAUCUCCUUCACAGACAUCUUCUUUCCCAGCAUCACCACUUUCUCCCCAGAGCUACUUGCAUCCUGCAAGUUCGUCGUCAUCACUUAAACUGACACAGCGCCCUCGUCUAUCAAAGCAAGUCUCAGAUAGUCGAAUCUAUGGAAUGAACUCACUAAGUAGAGGCUCAGCAACUGAAGAGACGCAGGGAACUCCUUUGAGAUAUGAUUCUUCUCAGAGUGGACCAUCUGAAAGUUGGUCAUUGCAAGCCUCUUCUGAAAUGAUGUCAUCUUCUCGCAGCAACGAGCCUUUGUCUUAUGAUAAUGACUGCUUUGGGAUUGAUCGUGACAAGAUAGACCAUCAUGGCAACCGAGUAAUGUCCAAUCAUCAUCAGCAAACCUGUGGUGCCUGCUCUAGACCAUUGUCAGAGAAAUCCAUGUGGAGCAGCCAAAAGAUUUUCAUGACCAAUGAGCUCUCUGUGUCCGCGAUUCUAGCAUGUGGGCAUGUCUAUCAUGGUGAGUGUUUAGAGCAGAUGACGCCGGAACUCGAUAAAUUCGACCCGUCGUGCCCAAUCUGUACAUUUGGUGAGAAGAAAACGGCGAAGCUGUCAGAGAAAGCGUUGAAAGUUGAGAUGGAUUUGAAAGCUAGGCACAACAAGAGACUCAGAAACCGAGUUUUGGACAGUGAUUUUGAUUGCGAUGAUUUGGUAAUGUAUGAUCACAGCCACAUGGAAGCAGCAGCAGCAGCAGACAAGAGCCCUGAACUGGUCUCGAGUUCGAGCGUCAAAGGUUAUGCCGCAAAGCCUUUCUUGGCUAGACAUUUCUCUUUUGGAUCCAGAGGUAACAGUAAAUCCGCUGAAGAGAAUCUUGCUGUCAAAAAGAAAGGCUUCUUCUGGACCAAAUCCAGCAAAAUAUGAACUUGUAAGCUGUGCUGCUUUGCUCUCUACUGUCUGAAGCAUAGAACUCGAGACACACGGGCACGGUACCAUUUAAUUAAGACAGGCUACUUGUUGUUACACACAUUUUCCUCAUUGGCUUUUCUUUUAUUGGUAUUUCACACAUGUAAAGUCACAACUUUAGAAUACAUCGUUGGGUAUAAUGACAAACAUGGGAUCCUUACUCA